UUGCACUAGUUCAGCAGUGCAGCUACAAAGAACAGACUUACUGAAUCCAGCAGAGCGGCUGGACCAAUAUUCCUAACCUAGAAUAUGAUACAUGUUGUUAAAUAUAUUGUUUGUAUUGUCAAUGUUUGAUAUAAUUUAAGAAGGAUGUUUUUAUCGUCAAUGUAAUGAAUUAAAUUAAUAUUCUAAUAUAAAAUUAGAUAGUUUAAUGUAUCUCAACGUAACGUAUAUAUUUUAUAUGCACCAAUAUCUGUGUGUUUGACAACUAUGGAUGAUCAGAUUCUCUCGGAGCUGAUUAUGAAAGAAGAGGAGAACGAGGUAAAGGAGAGUCAUCGCUCUAGCGAAAGCAGCAAGAGCAUAACACCUGACGCUUCGGCCAUUGGAAUACGACCGAAACCUGUAAUCCGUAAACCGGAGAAUGUGAGUAUCGGUUGCAAGUCAGAGCCGAUCGAGACCAAAUGGCAUUGGGCCCCAGGAGCGUGGCAAGACGCGACCAGGACCAGUGCAUUUCAGCCUUACAAGCCACCUACCUUGCUCACCAAUUUGCAAAGAGGCAACACUCAAACCCAAAUACCUCAGCUGUAUGUAGGAAAUGACAUCACUUUUCAUACCUUGGCAGGUCAAGGAGAACUUGGCUCUGAACAUAUGCAGCCAAGUAAAUCAUGUCUCAAGACAGUAGAUGUAACUGAUGAGAAGGGAUUGACAGGAUUGAUGUGGGCAGCUGGUUACGGACAAUUAGGCAGUGCUAAACAAUUAAUCAAGUGCGGUGCCAAUGUAAAUUAUCGUGGACCAAAAUCUGAGACAACUUUACAUUUGGCAGCUGCAUAUGGUCAUCAUGAUCUUGUUAAAUUGUUGUUGAAUCAUGGUGCCGAUUCAAAUGCAUGUGAUGAGGAUGGCAACACUCCAUUAAUAUAUGGGGCUUAUUGCGACCAUCCACAUGUAUGCCAUGAAUUAUUAACAAGAGGUGCAGAUGUAACACUCACUAACUCUACAAACAUAACUGCUUAUAAGGCAGCAAUAAUGAAUAAUUCAAUGAAUGCUAAAGCAGUUAUUGAAAAUUAUUUGAUAUCGCAAAUUAUAAGUAUGUCGACAGAAGAAAUGUAGUAAUAAUUUAAGGGGAUGUUGAAGUGGAUGACGAACUCGGAAAGUGUCGAUAAUUUAGAGGCGCUCGUUGCUGACACAAUCAUGCUAUCCUUUUCGUAUUUGUAUAUGCAGAACUUACGUAAAUAUGUUGUUUUGUUUUACUAUAUUUAACAGAAAACUUAACCAUGCUUGUAUAGAAAUUUUUUUGAAAACUUCAAUAUUAUUAAGCUUUUGAAUUCAAAUGCGAAGAUACAGUAAUGUCCUUCAAAAUUUUUUUGUUUACAGCAUCCACACUUUUGGUACGUACAAGCUGCGAAAUUUUUGGACUGGGCAAAUAUGCUGACUGCUUGAGAUUUUAAACUUUUCUUUUGUUUUCGUCACAUAUUGAGCAAUGCUCCUAUUUGCGUGAAAGUAUUUGUAAUUAUGUACAAUCAAUACGUAAACUUUGCAGAAAAAUGUCAAUAUCAUGUCAGAAAAAUUUUCAGCUUCAGCA